AUCCAAGCCCCGCCCCUCCCGCUAGGACGCAGCGCGCCCCGUGACGUCUGCACACCCGCCUCCUGACCUCGGCUUCUCGCAGUCCGCUGGCGCCCUCGUCCUCCAGCGCAGGCUUCCGGGCUCCCGCUCCGGUUCCGGUGCUGGUUUUGGGUGCAGGCCUGGUGUGGUCUCCAAAGUGACUGAACAAUGCAGAAGGACAGUGGCCCACUGGUGCCUUUACAUUAUUUUGGUUUCGGCUAUGCAGCCCUGGUUGCUACCGGUGGGAUUAUUGGCUAUGCCAAAGCAGGUAGUGUGCCGUCCCUGGCCGCUGGACUCUUCUUCGGGGGCCUGGCAGGCCUGGGUGCCUACCAGCUGUCUCAGGAUCCCAGGAAUGUGUGGGUUUUCCUAGCUACAUCUGGGACCUUGGCCGGCAUUAUGGGGAUGAGAUUCUACAACUCUGGGAAAUUUAUGCCUGCGGGGUUAAUCGCAGGAGCCAGUUUGCUGAUGGUUGCCAAACUUGGAAUUAGUCUGUUGAGCUCACCUCAUCCGUAACAGCCAUAACCCUGUGUGGGCUCAUGAAGAAACGAAACUCUCCAGGCCUCCACAUUACAGGGUUGGAGAGAUAAGUGCAGCAUAUUUACAUAGUCCGACAUUUUUCAAAGACCCACCCUGAGCACACUGAGGCAGCCAUGUGUGGUUGCUGUGGUGUCCAUUCAGAGGCGGCGAGCGUCCCACCUCAGCUCACGCUGCCUUCGUGCAGCUUUGAUGAUGUCUCGCCUUUCUGUAUUCCUAGAUAAAGGGAUAAAAUGUUAACUGUCAACAUGAGGGCCCCAGAGCUACACAUCCUGCCCAGAAGUCUGAAAUCUCUUGGAGACAUUGGGCAUGUGGGAUCUUUCACACAGGUCUGCUAUGAAAUUAUGUUACAGUGACAUUAUCAGUGAAAAUAAAGUUUUCUAUUAAGAACCCU